GAAACUCUCUGGUUGUGGUUUUUGAUUUCCCACUUCAGAGGCAACAGGAUGGAACCACUGUCGAAGAGAACGCAGGGAAGUCUUGUUACAGCAGGACUCCUAGACACUCUAUUCGUUCCUCCCCAGCUCCACAUCCUUCCCAGUUGCUGUCAGCGCAGUCUGUUGAGGAAGAAGGACUUAUAUCAAGGCAUACUCGUUUUCCCUGUGCCUUUUGCUCCUUGUGGAAAAUAAAACAUUCUGUAGGCGGAGCUUGUGAGCAACGCCCGCUUUAAAAGCCGGAGUCUCUGCCCUUACCUGACCACUUGCAUCCUGCCCAGCGAAGAAGCAAUUAGCCAAAAUGAUGCCUGGAGGCUUAACUGAAGCCAAGCCUGCCACUCCAGAAAUCCAGGAGAUUGCUAACUCGGUUAAAUCACAGCUUGAAGAAAAAACAAAUGAGGCUUAUGAAGAAUUUGAAGCUGUAGAAUAUAAAACCCAAGUGGUUGCUGGAGUAAAUUACUACAUUAAGGUACGAGUAGGUGAGAAUAAAUAUAUUCACCUAAAAAUAUUCAAAAGUCUUCCUCAACAAGAUCAGUCUUUGACACUUACUGGUUACCAGACUGACAAAAACAAGGACGACGAGCUGACGGGCUUUUAGCAGCAUGUUCCAAAAGUGGCCGAUUCUUUCCACCGGCUGCUGAUGGAUGAUCCCUGCUAAUAAAUGUAACUAACAAUAAGGAGUUGUCCCUUACCAAAUAAAUGAAUCUUUUC